AUGUUCGCUCUCGUCAGCCAUUCCACCCGCCAGCUGUCGUCUCGUAAGGCCCAGUUCCUCUCGGACGACGCUGACGUGGAUAGUGACGUGGACAUAGAAGCUGACGUGGACGACGGGUCUGUCGUGGACAUAGAGCUGCCCUCGCUCUCCCUCUCUUCCUCCUCAUCCUCCUCCUCGUCUCAAGCACGAGGGAGAGGAGGGCAGGCGGGGAGAGGGGGCAAGCAAGGGAGUGAAGGGAAGCAGGGAAGAGUAGGGAAAGGAGGGAAUGUGGGGAAAGGAAGGAGGGGCGGAGCAGAGGGAAGAGAGGGAGGAGAGGGAGUGAGAAUGGGCAAUGCUAAGGCCAGAGAAGGUGCAAGAGGUGCAGCAGUAGAGACACACCACGUGGUGAAAGGCAGAUCUAGUAGUUCAGGGUCUUCCUUCUCUCGCUCCUCCUCCUCGUCAGAUGAAACGCCAGAUGAAACUCCGGUUUCAUCUUCCGUGUCAUCUGACUCGCGGUUCAGCUUCUUUGCUCAUCUCGAUGCUGCUGCCGCACACCUCUCUACCACUGGCCGUAAAUCAAGCUCCGGUCGCGUUGCUUCCUCCCGUUCUCGCGUCUCCCCCACCUCCUCUAGUGCCUCCUCCCACUCUCGUGUCACCCCCUCCCCCUUUCACUCAAACCGAGCCGUCACCACACCGAAACCUGUUGUUACAAAAGCCGUUCUCCCCUCACCUGCUGUUACCAAACGUACUGUUGCCACACGUACUGUUGCCACACCUGUUGUGACCACAUCUGCUCUCACUACACCCACGUUUGUAACCACACCUGCUGUCACCACACCGACGAUUGUAACCACGCCUGCUGUUACCACACCUAUGGGCACCCCCACAGUUCUGGAAAGCAACGGGAAUGCUGCUUCUGCUGCUGCCACUAGCAGCAGCACUCCCAAAGCCAUCACCCUACCUUCCUCCAUUGCCAGUAGCACUCCCAGGAACACUGGUAGCAACAUCCCCACAGUCGUUACUGUCACACCCACAACCGGUACUGUCACUCUCACACCCGUUACUGUCACUUCCACCAGCACUACAAGCACACCCACAGUGGUUCCUUCUAGCACCCCUGGCACCAUGGCAGUGGUUUCCACCGCCACCACCGGCACUGAUGCACGCACUGGUCAUGCUGCACUCCCCCCUCCUUCCUCCCCUCCUCCUCCUCCCAUCAUCACUCCUGCGAAGCAGACUGCCGCCCAAGAGAAACAGGCACGUUCUCAACAGCAGCAGAGGGAAGCAGCCGCCCGGCAGAAGGAAGCUGCCGCCCGGCAGAAGGAAGCAGCCGCCCGGCAGAAGGAGGCUGCCGCCCAGGAAGCUGCCGCCCAGCAGAGACAAGCUGCCGCCCAGCAGCAAAAGGCUGCCGCCCAACAGAGGGAGGCAGCCGUCCAGCAGAAGGAAGCCGCCGCCCAGGAAGCUGCCAUCCAGCAGAAACAAGCUGCCGCUCAGCAACAAAAGGCUGCCGCCCAACAGAAGGAGGCUGCCGCCCAGGAAGCUGCCGCCCAGAAGCAAAAGACUGCCGCCCAGGAGAAGCAAACCGUUGCCGCCCAGCAGCAACAGACAGGCCCGAAAACCCGAACCCCCAAGCCCUUCUACGAACGGAUGAGCGCCAAGUGGCACGUAACCCCGUUACCGCGCGUGCACGGCGCGUACCUGUUACAGCAAAAACACGACUACUCAUGCGUGUUACUGGUACAGGACCUGUGCUACCUGUUUAUGGCGGGUAAAGGGGCCUACCAUAACGCGUACACAGGUGUGUGGUUCGUGAGGGAGGCUAUGAGCGAGAAUAGCUCGGAGCUAGUGGGUCCGUACUCGCCUGACUGGAAGAAAACGAGGGGAACAACGAAGGGAAGCAGCAGGAGGAGGUUGUUGAGCAGUGAGGAGGUUGGUGAAGGAGAGUCUGAGCUAGUGGGGUCGGAGGGGCCGUUGGGGGAGGAUGAGGAGGCAGAGUGGGGGGAUGCUAAGGUAGGAGGGCCGAGAGCAUUGGGGGAGAAAUGGAGUGAGAGGGAGAGGUCUAGGAGGCGGCAGCGGUGGCGGAGGAGGGAGAAGGAGGGAGCGGAGCUCUCGCUGUUCUUUCCCAGUGAGAAGACGAUCAGGAGCAAAUGGACGGCUGGGAUCGCUCAGAUGCUUUUCGGGCCGGCGUCGGAGGUUUUAGCCGGGCACAGGGAGGGCCGGCCCGUGUGCUUCGACCAGGUGGCUUUUGUGUUGAAUGCUCGGCAUUUGAACUCGUCCACACAGGGGUUUAGAGAGGACGCUUGGGGGCUAGCAGAGGUGGCUGCGAAGGUAUUUCAGCGGAGAGAGGAGAACGGAGUGGUUGGGGACGGUACUGGGGAUUUUGAGAUGGAGGAGGAGAUGGAGAUGGGAGAGGAGGAGCAGGAGAACCAACGGAGAGCCGAAGCCGAGUCGGCAAGUAAAACCAAGGAGAGCCGGGAGGAGAGCGAGAAGAGGUUUCGGGAGGAGGUGAUUCAGCGAGAGAGAACGCACGCGCUCGCACGCGUGGUGAUCCGGCAGGGAGACGAGGUUUUGAACGCGGCUUUAAGGGGGUACGACUUUGAGAGGAAGCUGGAGGUGACGGUGGUGGAGAGGGAGGAGCAGCGCACAGUGAGCAACAUGGGGGAGGUGGCGUGGCAUGUGAAGGACCUCUUUCCCCGCCACGUCACCAACCAGUACCACCUUGCCGACUCGCCCCUGCUCGAGCAGAUGGCUCUGUUUCAGGUGGGCUCCCAGGGGGGGAAGCUGGAAGUGACGGUGGUGGAGAGGGAGGAGCAGCGCACAGUGAGCAACAUGGGGGAGGUGGCGUGGCAUGUGAAGGACCUCUUUCCCCGCCACGUCACCAACCAGUACCACCUUGCCGACUCGCCCCUGCUCGAGCAGAUGGCUCUGUUUCAGGUGGGUGCUGUUUCAGGUGUUUUUUCAGGUGUUCUGCUCGUUCAGGUGAGACGGAAGGGGCUGCUGUAUCAGGUGCUCUUCCAGAUGUUAGUGUCACUGUUUCAGGUGGGCAAGGUGGGGUUGAGAGUGGAGGCGUGGCAUGUGAAGGGCCUCUUUCCCCGCCACGUCACCAACCAGUACCACCUUGCCGACUCGCCCCUGCUCGAGCAGAUGGCUCUGUUUCAGCACACGGCGCUGUUCAUCAGCAUGCAUGGCGCCUCCCUCAGCAACCUCAUCUUCCUCCCCCCAGGCAGCACCGAUCUCGAGCUCUUCACCUUUAAAUUCCACUCCCAUGCAUACAAGAACCCUCACACGGCGCUAUUCAUCAGCAUGCAUGGCGCCUCCCUCAGCAACCUCAUCUUCCUCCCUCCCGGAAGUUCUGUCCUCGAGCUCUUCCCCUUCAACACACAGCACUGUUCAUCAGCAUGCAUGGCGCCUCCCUCAGCAACCUCAUCUGCCCCACACCCUCACUUCUUUGCCCCACUCCCCUUUCCCUCGCGCUUUCCCCCCAACCUGUUGCAGCACACGGCGCUAUUCAUCAGCAUGCAUGGCGCCUCCCUCAGCAACCUCAUCUUCCUCCCCCCAGGCAGCACCAUUCUCGAGCCUUUCCCCUUUAAGUUCCACUCCGAUGCAUACAAGAACCUCGCCCUGCGCACCGGAAUCAACUACUUCAUGUGGGAGAACACUCACCCGGAAAGUCCCUUCCUGUCCUUCCCGCCUGACUUCCCCCCACCGCCUUCCCCCCCUUCCCCCUCCCCCCUCCCCCGUUCGUCCACAACCCCACCCCCCCCUUCCUUUUGCAGCACACGGCGCUCAACCUCAUCUGCCCCACACCCUCACUUCUUUGCCCCACUCCCCUUUCCCUCGCGCUUUCCCCCCAACCUGUUGCAGCACACGGCGCUGUUCAUCAGCAUGCAUGGCGCCUCCCUCAGCAACCUCAUCUUCCUCCCUCCCGGAAGUUCUGUCCUCGAGCUCUUCCCCCUCAAAUUCCACUCUGAUGCAUACAAGAACCUCGCCCUGCGCAACGGACUAAACUACUUCACGUGGGAGAACACGCACCCGGAAGCUUCCUCCUACACCGACAAUUGCUUAGCUAAGGGCGGGUGGGAGAAUCUCGAGGAGAAGCAGUGUCGGGAAGUGAGGGGGUGUUUUCUCUGUGCGAGGGACCACUCGGUGACGAUGGUGAAUAUGGAGGAGCUUGAUAAGGUGCUUCUGAAGGUGCAGAGAGCGGUGCGGAGGUUUCUGCAUGAGGAGAGCUUGAAGAAGCUGCAUGGAAGCACAGGGGCUGUGGCUGCUGCAUAG